UCCCCGGGUGACGUCAGUGUGUAUUGUUGUUCCCAGCUGUCAGCUGCUGCAGCGAGGUCCCGGUGAACGGCAUUGUGUGUGUCAGUAUGUCAGUGUGUCAUUGUCUUCGUCUCCCUGCUAGCUAAAACCUCAUCCACACCUCUGCUUUCUCCAUGAAAUACCGAGAUGAAGGACAAACGGAAGAAAAAGGAUCGCACCUGGGCAGAGGCAGCCCGUUUGGCAUUAGAAAAACAUCCUAAUACUCCGAUGACUGCAAAACAAAUCUUAGAAGUCAUUCAGAAAGAAGGGCUUAAGGAAACCAGUGGAACUUCACCGUUGGCGUGCCUGAAUGCCAUGCUUCAUACUAACACUCGUGUUGGUGAUGGAACUUUCUUUAAAAUCCCUGGAAAAUCUGGACUUUAUGCCCUAAAAAAAGAAGAAUCACCAAGCCUUGCCGAUGGGGCAACUGAGUCUGUGUGUGAAUCUGAUAUAGAAGGUAUUGAAAUGACCGAGACAAAUAACAGCACCGGUGAAGAAAAUGGAGUCUGUGCGAUGAAGCUACCCGAUGAAGUGUCUUCCGAACAUGAUUCAAACACCACGACUACUGCGGUGCAAAACAAGUCCGUGUCUUCCACUCAGCAACACACCAAAAAGGCUCUGAAACAGGCACUAAGGCAGCAACACAAGCGCAGGAACGGGGUGUCAAUGAUGGUGAACAAGGCAGUUCCCCGUGUGGUGUUGACUCCUUUGAAGGUGUCUGAUGAGCAGCCAGACUCUCCAUCAGGGUCAGAGUCUAAAAAUGGAUUUGGCGAUGGAGAUAGCUCUGAAAAGGAUCUAAAGCAGAGAUCCCCAACUGGGAAGCAGAUAAGUCAGCACCUUAAGAAACUAAAGAAAUCUGGCCUGGGUCACAUAAAGUGGACGAAGGCUGAAGAUAUUGACAUUGAAACUCCAGGGUCUAUUUUAGUGAACACCAACCUGCGGGCAUUGAUCAACAAACACACAUUUGCAUCCUUACCUCAGCACUUUCAACAAUACCUCCUGCUUUUACUGCCAGAGGUCGACAGACAGAUGGGAGGUGACGGGGUCCUGCGUCUCAGCAACUCCGCUCUGAAUAACGAGUUUUUUGCCUAUGCUGCUCAGGGGUGGAAGCAGAGGCUAGCAGAAGGAGAAUUUACCCCAGAAAUGCAGCUCCGGAUUAGGCAGGAAAUGGAAAAAGAAAAGAAGAUAGAGUUGUGGAAGGAGAAAUUUUAUGAAACAUAUUACGGAGAAAAAUUGGGCAUGACAGAAGAGGAGUCGGUGACUCUCACUUCUGUGCAGAAGUGUUCUGAGGACAGUGGUUCUUCAGUAGAGCCUCCGGCCGUGCCAGGAACCUCCAGUCAGGGCCCUGCUGACAGAAAUGAGCUUGAGCCUUCGGAGAAACUGUAUUCCAGUGAAGAAGGUGGGGAGCAGGCGGUGUGCAACAUGGAGCUGGCUUCGAAGGUAGCGACUGGGCAGCCAUCUGAAGACAUACUGCUCUCUGGUUUCCCUGAGAUUUCCACAGAGGAAGCUGUGGUACAAGAGGAAAUAGCAGAGGAGGUGGACUCUGCGGCUUGCGAGUACCUGGAGGAGCAGGUCAAACAAGGAUCAGACACCUCCGAGUACUCCAGUAGCUGCACUCUGAAAAGCCAGGAAGAAGAAAUCAAAGGCCUGGAUUCCGAAAACUCCGAUAUCCUUGCCGAAUACCCAUGCUCAGGGACCUCUUCUCGGCCUUCCCAAGAAACGACUCCGAAGCCAGUAAGCGAUGAAGCAGAAACACUGACUGCAACUCCACAGUUAGCUCCAAAUGUACUGGACCAAAUCCCCUCCCCUCCAGUAGACUCAGAAGAUGACAGCAGUACAGUGCUGCCUGAAGCUAAAGAGGGGGAACAGUCCGCAGAAGUGCAGCAGCUGGAAGCCGAGCAGGCAGCUCCAACGGAGGCAGAGGAGUCUUCGAUUUGUUUAGAGCAUGACGGUGAAUCGGACCUUAGCAGUUCAGAGCCGCCCAGUGGGACGGACCUGUAUAACUCAGGACAGCCACCAUUAUCGGAAAAGACCAAAAGUGAGAUGCCUCCUAAUCCGUGGCCUGAAAACAAGGUGCAGGAGAGUCCGGCAGACAUUCUGUUGUGCUCCCCAUCGGAAAUACUGCCCGUGUCAACAGAGGAGCCAGUUAGGGUUCCAGACCUCGGUGGGUCUUCUGUGGAGAAAGAAGUAGAUGCACUUAGCCCAGUCAAACAACUACCACCGUCAGUACAAUUGUCCCAUUUGUGUGAAAACCCUACAGUAGAGACCGUGGAACACAAUUCGGCUUCCUCUCCCAGAUCACCUGGUGUGAACGGGUAUCGAAUUCAGGAGACAAAAACGGCACCUGUAUCUCCAGAACCACCCAAAGUAGAGGAGGAACCGGAAAUUGAAAAUGUCGAAAGUCAAGUAAAAACACCUUUAUCGAAACCCCCUGAACCCUAUGCUUCUCCCGCUGCUGAAAAUCCCAUAGUGCAUUCUGACAAGAAGCUUGAGAGUGCAGACGCUAAACAGAAUCAUUUCACGGAGGAGACCGACUCUGAAGCACCUCCAUUCUCAGAAGCCACCUAUGAGCCACCUCCAUUCUCAGAACCUGAAAUCCAGAAACCAGCCCAGCUCCUAGCUGAAACGAUGGCGGCUGAACCAGAAGUGGUAGAAUCUCCAUCACCUGAGGUGUCACCCACUGAAAACUCCCAGAUCAAACAAAAUAAGAAAGAGCCCCAGCAUGAGAUUGAUACCCUUCCCGUAGAGAAGACAGAGACUCAUGGCAAUGGCAAAGGCUCCAAACAGAAUAAGUAUCACCAGGCUGCCGAAAAGUCGUCUGCUUCAGAAAUCACUGCAUGGGCUGAAAUGCCAAAGGCCAAACACCAUAAGCCCCACUCAACAAACCACCACCACAGGGCAGAUGAAACGCACUCUAUUAAGCAAGUGGACCCCAAUAGGUCUCCUGACAUAGCCCGCUCAGAGAGCAGGGAUAUAGAGAACCCCAAGAGGAAGACUGGAGAGCAGCAUGCGGGGAUAUGUAAGGAAAAGCGGGCCAGGAUAGAAGAGAGCGAAUCAAGCAGCUCUCACUCAAGUUCCCAGGCUCGUGAGAAAGACGCAGUGCCCAAGGAGGAGCUCAGAGUACCUCCGCUCAAGAUUCAGCUCUCCAAAGUUGGUCUGCCCUUCAUCAUCAAGACUCAGCCGGUGUCAAAGCCUGAGCCGAAGGCCUCUCCUCCGUCUUCUCAAAGUGCCGGGAGGAACACAGGAGCCAGAACCCUGGCAGACAUCAAGGCCAGGGCUCAGCAGGCCAGGGCGCAGAGAGAGGCGGCCGCGGCGGCGGCGGUGGCCGCGGCCGCGCGGAUCACCUCCGGAGAGGGCGGAACGCCGUCGGAAGGCAGCAAGACCAGGACGCUGGCCCAUAUCAAAGAGCAAACGAAAGCAAAGCUCUUCGCCAAGCACCAGGCCAGAGCUCACGGCCACCAGGCAGUCAAGGGCCCGAAGCUGCACGGCGCAAAGGAGGACAGAUGUCUGACAGAAUCGCAAGCUGCUACCCCAUCGAAAAGCGACUGUCCGACAGGCGUGAUCAUAGCCAAUCCCAACCGGAGAUCCCCCGAAAAGGGCUUUGCCAUUGCUCAGGGCUCUUGUCCCAGCUUGAAUACUUUAGAAAACAGAAUUGCGAUUGCAAAGUCUAUCGUCAGUAUGUCUGUGCCAAACUCUGUCCCUCACAGUGUUCCCUCAGCCUGCACCACCAGCUCCAUACCUCUGUUCAGAAUGACCAGUGCCAGUCAGGCGGAUAGCAAGCCCACUGCAAGUGCUGUUGGUACCUCGCCAGUGCCAGUCUCUGCCCAUGGGUUUUCCAGUCCUCCUCAGAGCCCUUCCGUUCUCGUGUCCGUCAGCAACGCUAAUCUACAAAACUCUGUCUUCAAAGUCUCCCCUUCUAAACCCUUUGCCAAAACCGCCCUCGCUUGCUCUCCCCAUAAAGCUGUCCUGCCAAAGUAUAAAGAUGGCCUCCCGGCUCCCAUCUCAGCAGGCCCUUUGACUAAUACAGUGUCAUGUUCUUCUACAAGUUACGCUGGCCUGCGCUACGUGGGACAGAUUACUCCCCCUUCAUCUUGCAUGAAUAGUGGGCAGCUCAACUCUGGUGUUAGUACCAUCCAAGACAGCUCGAAUAUCCCCCAGAGAGCCUUCCCCCUGGGAAGCACCAAACCCUUUUCCUUUGAAAGGACAUGCACGUCCUUUGCUCCUGACCACCACGCUUAUAGUGCUUCAGAAAGGAGAGAAGUGCAGCAUUACAGAGACAAAACCGAAAUGGACAGCUCAAACACAGGUCCACCUCACACAGGCGUGAGUCCGGUAAAGAAAGUUCCUACACCAAACUGCCACAAUAAUGCCAAUGAAAAUGAACUAGCCAGGUGUAGGCAGCUGCUUCCAGCCGACUCAGCCAGUAAUAAAGCUAUCCCGUGUAAAGUUAUAGUAGAUCACAGUUCGGCUUCGUACUCAAACGCACCUCCUGCGGCUGGGCCUGAAGCUCGGCGGAUUCAGCCAAGCAAAGGUGUGAAAACUGAAACAGUCCUGCGCCUGCAGGAGUCCAUAAUGAGCAGAGCCGAGCCCUUCCGCCAGAAAGCAGAGCAGAAUGCCGUCCUCAACACAGCCUCCAGAAUGAACAAUAAAAAACUGCAGAUGGCUUACAAUGUAUUGCACGGUCUACCUGCACCCCAGCAGGAUGGACGAAGGGAUGGCGAUCCCACUGAGCAGAACACUGCCAAUCUCAUAUAUAGCUCCUUGUUGUACAAACAUGCAGAAAAAGCUGUAAUCAAUGAGCAAGGCAGUGAAGCCAAAAGUUGGAUAAAGGAGAAAGACAGGCAUAGCGUGGACACAAUGGUAAUCCAUAAACAUCAGCAUACAAGUGAGGCGAGACAGAACAAAGCUGAAACGGCUUCGGGCGCAGAUGGAAUGAUCUCUUCUUCAGACUCUUCUCAUUUCUCAGAAACGAGAGUGAUCAAAUCUGAGCCGACUGAUAUGGACACCGGGGACUUCAAAGAACCCAUGAAUCCACACCAGGCAGCUCACCUACUGGAAGGAAGGCCUCUCAAGGCUGUGAGCGCAGCUGUCAGCUCCCUGGCUGAGAACUGUGUGUCGGUGAACACAGAACACCAGCGGAGGGCCCCUCUUCAGGGAGGCUCGACCUGUCGCCUGUCGUCAGUCGAGGCCAAUAACCCCCUGGUGACUCAGCUACUGCAAGGCAACCUGCCCUUGGAGAAAGUGCUGCCCCAGCCUCGCACAGGCACGAGGCUGGAGAUAAAUCGACUGCCCUUGCCUUUUCAGAAUACCUCAGUAUGCAAAACAGCUGCUGCCGAGAGAAAUGUCAUGGAGAACGCUCAGAGCUGCAUCAGCCCAGACGGCAAAGGACAAGCUCUGGGGCUGGCAGGGCCCAGCCACAUCAGAAAACAGGACACCCAUGGCACCAAAAGGGUAGCCAGGCCUGUCGGGGAGCUGGCUCACAUCAAAUGUGAGCAGGGCAAGCAGAUGACAGAGGCAGAAUCUAAAAUUGCUUCCUGCAAUCUUAGUUUGAAUCAUUUGGGCCCAGGGCAACCGUUUGUACAGGAGUGGGUGAAUAGAAACCUGAUACAUGGCAGAAUUACUCCCAGCCCAGACAUUAAACAACCAAAGAGGCCUCUCCCUGCUUGUAGCUUUCAGAAGGGGUUAUUGGGUAUUGAUAAAAACGGCAGCUUUCCUUCUGAGGCUAGUGUCUCUCAAAGGCUUUUUUAUCCUCCCCCGGCUGAUGUCAGAGACUCGAGCCCUCCAACCGCUCUGAUGAAAGCCACAUCUGGCCGCAGCACUCCAAACGCAUUAGCAUUCAACAGGCAGCAGGAACAAAAAGGUCUAGGGGAGGUCAAUAUUUCUGUGGCAACAGAUCAAUUGAGAAAAGGAAGUGUUUUUCCACCUAAUCUUCAAAUUAAGCAGGCUGAUGACAUUGGCAGCGUCUCGCAGGCCGCCCAGAACAAAUCUUUAGUCCAUCCACCUAAUGGAGAAGUCCCGUCUGAUCACAAGCAAACAGUGGUUGCCAUGGAGACCAACAAGAGUCUGAAUUGGCUUCCCUCAGCAAACAUCUGUAGCAAUAUAAAAGUGGAGCCGGGGUCUUUUGACGACGGGUUGAGCAACAACUGUGAAAUGGGUAUGAAACAGACACCGUAUGAGCAAAAUGAAGGAAAGGAACACAUUCAGGCCUUUCAGCUCAAGAGCCCAGAGUUCUCUCCCUACAUUGCCCCUGAGCCACAGAAGUCGUUUGCCCAGUUAAACCCUCCCAGAAACCCACACGUACCUCAGCCCCAGCAGGUCUAUGGCAACUACUCCACCAUACACUUCGGUAACGCCAAGUUUAACAGGACUGCAUCCGUUAUCGAGAAGUCCAUAGGAAACUUUCUGGGCAACAGCACAAGCGGCGCCAGUGGCUUGUCGAAUCCGGGCGCUCCAACGUCAGGCCAGAAGUACGCAGACGGCAGCAGAGCAGAUGAACUGGAGCUGAAAUGCUCGUGUCGGCUGAAAGCCAUGAUUGUGUGCAAGGGCUGCGGAGCUUUCUGCCAUGAUGACUGCAUAGGCCCGUCAAAGCUGUGUGUUGCCUGCUUGGUAGUUCGGUAGCCAGGGGCCACGAAACAUAAGCGAACAACACUAAAUUGUGAAUACCUUGCGAUUUUACAGUUUUCAUUCCUGCGUCGUUCAAGUUGUUUAAAAACUUUUAACUUAUUUCUUUUUUUAAAGCUUGUUUUGUGUUUGUCUACUUCAUAGCGACACUGUAAGUAUUUCAAUGUUUACAUGAAUACAGAGGAAUGUGAAUAUAAGCUAUGAAUCAGAACCAUGGUAUUUUAAGUAUAGCACUGUCUGAAAAUGAAAGGCAGGUUAGAAUAGGAGAGGAUAGAAGAAAAGCCAUUUAAAAUAUGCACUACAGUUCACUUACAAAAUAGCAAGGCCUGAACUAUGAAAUGUGCCUGUAAAUUGAAAAACUUAUUCUGGACUUCUUUUACAUCGAUCAUGCUCUGCAUUUCUGUGUGAAACCUGGAAUUCCGUUAAAAAGAUCCGUUUCUUUAGGAUAGACAUUUCUGAAAAAAUGUGUCUUUCUGACAUUCGGAAUAAACAAAGCUGAGGUUUUUGUUAUCUUUUUCUUCAAAUGUGAAACUUUUUUUUUCCCCCACAGAGCAGCUGCAGUAUUUUGAUCAGGCCUUAUUAACCUCUUUUUUUUUUCUUUCUCUUUCCUUUUAACCCAUUCGGUCUCUGUUGUACUGUGGUGAGUCUCUGUACAGUUGUUUAUAACUUAUUUAUUUAUUAAUGCAUACAUUUAAAAUGUAUGUUUCUAUCAUUUUUAUCAAGUAUACGAUCACCGGUUGUGAAAUGAUGGCUUUUUAAAAUGACCAAUUAUUUUGUAGCGGAACAGUUAAAGAAACGAUCCAUUCCACAUGGGAGCUGUGAGGAGCAGGAGCCCUAUCCUUACAGCGAUUUCAGAUAUACGAACAUACGGGCUUGUGUUGUGCCAAGUGAUAUCUGAUACUGGCCUAACUGGUAUCAAUGUUAGCGUUAAGACUAGUGUUAAAAAGAAAAGUAUUGCAUCAACCAUUAGCCAAGCAACGUCUUACUUUCCGUUGCAAUCGUCAUGGGCAAAAAGUAUUAAAAUACUCGUUUGGUAUAAAUUGUACCUGUAUUAUACAUAUAACCAUGAUAUGUUAUUAAUUAUAAGUAUAUCACAUCUUUUUACCAAUGCUAUUAAAAAGUGUGUCAAUUAGAGUUUGUGUUUUGUUUUGCGAGAACGAGUGACGGAGUUGUUACAAAAUGUCGGAAUUCUCAAUGUUUACGUACAUCUCGAUUUUUGCCAUUGUAUGCCUUUUUCAGAGAAGCGCUCUUAAAAUUACAGCUGACAUCAAAUGUAAUAGUGUUAUCGAUGUGAAAAAGAGCCCAUGCCUAGCAGGACGGGGAACGUGAAUCGUAGUGGAGAACCAUUUGAAACGAGACCCAUUAACCAGUAUUUGUUGUCAAAUCCUUCUUCAAAUUCUACCAAAGAAGAACAACUCCCAUCAGGUGGUACAUACAAAUGUAAAGCCCAGAACAGGAGCCGUCAGUCUGUUGCAAAAGGUUUUAAUUGUUUAAACUCACGUUAUCCUUGAUUUGUUAUUAAAAGAGCAUUGCAGACUUAACUGAAGAGGAUUUGUGUUGUAUCCGUUAGACUUCAGGGAUAAUGUCUUCAGUGGUGCUGUAUCGUGUUGAGAGGAAAAAAACAAAUGUCAGAUCUUAAUGUAUAAGAAUAAAAUAAAAGACUGGUCUUUUCCGUG